GCAAAGUAAAGGCGGAACCCCAGGUUGACCAAUGGGAAAGCAACAUGGCUCUGCCUCCUGCACCAUAGUUUUUUCCGUACCGGCGUGUUUGAGCAGUGUGUGCGUGUGAAGGCAGAAGCGGUUAUUGGGAGCAUUUCGUCCUCUUUGAACAACCCAUCCAUCAUGGACACUUCACUGACUGCUGCUCAAAUCCGUGAGAAGUUUAUUAACUUCUUUCGGCGUUAUAAGCAUGAGUAUGUGCACUCAUCCGCCACCAUUCCCUUGGAUGACCCAACCCUUCUCUUUGCCAAUGCAGGCAUGAACCAGUUCAAACCUAUUUUCCUAAACACAAUCGACCCAUCCCACCCCAUGGCCAGACUGAAGCGUGCUGCCAACACCCAGAAGUGCAUCCGCGCUGGUGGUAAACAUAAUGACCUGGAUGACGUGGGCAAAGAUGUGUACCACCAUACCUUCUUUGAAAUGUUGGGCUCCUGGUCCUUUGGAGAUUACUUUAAACAAUUGGCUUGUAAGAUGGCUCUGGAGCUGCUGACCCAGGAGCUCGGCAUCCCUCUUGAGCGUCUGUAUUUCACCUACUUUGGAGGAAAUGAUGAUGCAGGCCUUGAUUGUGACAAUGAAUGCAAGCAGAUCUGGCUUGAUCUAGGGGUGGCAGAGGAGCGAAUCCUUCCAGGUAAUAUGAAAGACAAUUUCUGGGAGAUGGGAGACACUGGUCCCUGUGGGCCCUGCAGUGAGAUUCACUACGAUCGCAUCGGAGGCAGGGACGCUUCACAUCUUGUCAACAUGGAUGACCCUAAUGUGCUGGAGAUUUGGAAUCUGGUGUUUAUUCAGUUUAACAGAGAGUCUGAGACAGAGCUGAAGCCUCUUCCUAAGAAGAGCAUUGAUACUGGAAUGGGAUUGGAGCGACUUGUUUCUGUCUUGCAGAACAAGAUGUCAAACUACGAUACUGAUCUUUUUGUUCCUUACUUUGAAGCUAUUCAGAAGGGCACAGGAGCCAGGCCUUACACUGGCAAAGUUGGGGCAGAAGACCAAGAUGGCAUUGACAUGGCCUACCGUGUCCUGGCUGACCAUGCUCGCACCAUCACCAUAGCUCUGUCUGAUGGUGGUCGACCUGACAACACUGGAAGGGGAUACGUAUUAAGAAGGAUCCUGCGACGUGCAGUACGAUAUGCUCAUGAGAAGCUGGGUGCUCAGAAGGGCUUCUUUGCUUCUCUGGUGGAUGUCGUGGUGCAGUCACUGGGAAAUGCUUUUCCUGAGCUGAAGAAAGACCCGGACUCUGUGAAGGAUGUCAUUAAUGAAGAGGAAUUGCAGUUUCUUAAAACUCUCAGCAGGGGGCGACGCAUCCUGGAUAGGAAGAUCCAAAACCUUGGCGACAGCAAGACCCUUCCCGGGGACACUGCCUGGCUACUGUAUGAUACCUAUGGCUUCCCUCUGGACCUGACUGUCCUCAUUGCAGAAGAGAAAGGCAUGGGAGUGGACCUAGCUGCAUUUGAGGAGGAAAAGAAAGCUGCACAGCUGAAGUCACAAGGCAAAGGUGCUGGGGAUGCGGACCAUAUCAUGCUGGACAUUUAUGCCAUUGAGGAGCUGAGGAACAAAGGUGUCCCUGCCACUGAUGACUCUCCAAAAUACCGCUACACCUCUGAUGCCAAUGGCAACUAUGAGUUUGAGCAGACAGUUGGCACGGUGCUCGCUCUGAGGCGUGAGCGUGCAUUCGUGGAUGAGGUGAGCACAGGGCAGGAGUGUGGUGUGGUGCUCGAUCAGACAUCUUUCUACGCAGAGCAGGGUGGUCAGACCUUUGAUGAGGGAUACAUGCUGCGUGAGAACGACUCCACAGAGGAUAGGAUGGAGUUUACAGUGAAGAACACUCAGGUGCGUGGAGGGUAUGUGCUUCAUGUUGGAACUGUCUAUGGCAUGCUGAAGGUUGGAGACCGUCUCACUCUGCAUGUUGACGAGGCUCGCCGCAGGCCCAUCAUGAGCAACCACACUUCCACCCACAUCCUAAACUUUGCCUUGAGGUCAGUGCUUGGUGAAGCAGACCAGCGUGGUUCCCUUGUGGCACCAGACCGUCUGCGCUUUGACUUUACCGCCAAGGGGGCUAUGAGCACACAGGAAGUGCGCCGCACUGAGGAAAUUGCAAUCGAUAUGAUAAAGGAUGCCAAGCUAGUGUACGCCAAGGAGGCCUCACUUGCAGCUGCCAAAGCCAUCCAGGGCCUGCGUGCUGUCUUUGAUGAGACAUAUCCAGACCCUGUGAGAGUUGUGUCCAUCGGCAUCCCUGUGGAGGAUCUACUGGCCGACCCAAACAGCACUGCAGGAUCACUCAUCUCCAUUGAGUUCUGUGGUGGAACGCAUCUGCAGAACUCUGCGCAUGCUGCCCAGUUUGUGAUCGUGUCUGAGGAGGCCAUUGCUAAGGGGAUCAGGCGAAUUGUGGCUGUGACUGGAGCAGAGGCUCAGAAGGCCCAGAGGAAAGCUGAAGCUCUGCAUCAGUCUCUGUCUGUUAUGGCUGAGAAGGUAAAAACUCAGACUGCCCCCAAUAAAGACAUCCAGAAGGAAAUAGCUGAUCUGAAUGAGACAUUAGGAACUGCAGUGAUCUCCCAGUGGCAGAAAGAUGAAAUGAGGGAAAAACUGAAGGGCUUGAAGAAGAUCAUGGAUGACCUGGACCGUAGCAGCAAAGCAGAUGUGCAGAAGAGGGUUCUUGAGAAGACGAAAGAGGUCAUCGAAAGCAAUCCCAACCAGCCACUUCUCAUCAUGGAGAUGGAGAGUGGAGCUAGUGCAAAGGCUUUGAACGAGUCCUUGAAGUUGCUGAAGACUCAGUCCCCUCAGACUGCUGCCAUGCUUUUUGCUGUGGACAGUGAAGCUGGCAAGAUUAUAUGCCUCUGCCAAGUUCCACAGGAGGUUGCAAAUCAGGGCUUAAAAGCCAACGAAUGGGUUCAGGAGGUGUGCCCUCUGCUGGAUGGAAAAGGGGGUGGAAAAGACAUGUCUGCUCAGGCCACAGGCAGAAACACUCAGUGCAUCCAGGAGGCUCUGAAGCUGGCCAGCGAAUUCGCCCAACUCAAACUGGAGCAAAACUAGAUUCUUCUGAAUGUUUGGGGGGAAAAAAUCCUCUAGUCUGUCUAGAGUAAUGCAGUGCUGUCUGUUGAAAUUCACAAAACCAAAUUGCAUCUCGAAAGCUAUUGACACCUUUUUUUUUUUUUUUUUGCGCAAGUACUGGAAAGUACCGAGGGCAAUAUGGCACAAUUGAAAUAACAUUACACCGUCCAGUCAGCUCUCACCUAGACUUUAGAUGCAAAAAAACGGGUGUUCCUAUUGGCCAAUAAUGCAUUGUUUGACACAAGAAGGUAUCAAUGAAUGUUCAGCCCUCUUGUGACUUUUGUACUAAAACCACUGCAAAUUUAAUAUAUAUAUGCAUUUGUAUGUAUAAUAUUCAUUGUAUGUCUGUCACCAUUAGAAAAUAAUCUUUCUUUCCAAUUCUGGGUGGUGGUUCUAAUUGGUAAUGCCCCAUAUUUGAGCCAGCUGUUUGUUGCUGAUGAAGUAGUGAGACAUACUGAAUUAAAAUCAGUGAGAUACCGAGGUGUUUACUUGUUCUGUGGAAUGACCUUUAAUCACUUGAAAUUGCAAACGGUCUUACUGUAGAUUUCGAAUAACAUUUUACAUACUGGAAUAAAAGGGAUCAAUGGAGUUGA